AUGCCUGACCUUGGCGGCGCCGACACGUCCCCGAUCGCGGUCUCCCCGCUCCCUCCCGAUCGCGGCAGGACCGCCUCGUCCCCAACCGCGGCCGCGUCACCCUGUCAAAGAACGGUGACGCCUCACCCCGUCCCCGACCACGGCCGCCUCGCGUCGAGGAGCAGUAGGUGGUCGGCCUACGGCGGCUCGCACCAUCGCCAUGGUGUCGUCCUCCUCCAAAGCCUCCUCCUCCUCCUCCCACCGGGAUGGCCCCAUGAUCAGUGGCUCGACGUGGGCACCUCCGCGCUCAUGGCGCUCCACGGGAAGCUGACGCAGAUGAAGCGCCAAAUCCAGCAGGCCUGCCUCACCUCCAUGAGGAUAAAGCACCGGCAUCAUCUACGGAAUUCCUUGUGAAUUGUGAGUUUCGGGUCACUCAAUGUGAUCCUCCUGUUUUGAGCUUGUGUGCCUAUGUUGUGUUUUGACAGGAGAAGCUGGAGGCAAACAGGAGGGCGUUGCAGAAG